UGGUUUAGUACCUCCAGAACAGCUCGUACCUAUGAACCAGAGGACGGCGGGAGGUUUGCAGUGAGCCGGACCAGGACAGCACCAUGGCGCGGAAUUGUCAUCUGUUCUGGAUGCUCCUGGUGGUUCUCCUGGUGGAGCUUCAGGGAGAGCUGGAAGACAGAGAAAGAGGAGAGGAGAGAGCGGGCAUCCUGGACCAACCCCGCAUGCUGUCAGAGGAUGGGCAUCUGGUGUUCAGCCCGGGGAACAGCAAAGACAUCUGCUUCAAGCCCUCUGCAUCUGGACGAGUGAAGGUGGGCGACGAGGACCUAACCCUGCUCAUAACACAGAUUAAAUCAAACAAAGCAGACAUUGACGACAUUAAGGCCCAUGGAGGAGCAGUGCCCCCUGAGGUCACCACCCAACUCAACCAUCUCACCACCAAGGUCACAACACUGGAGAGCAAAGUCUCGGCUCUGGAGAUGACGGUGCAGAAGGCGUCGUGCAGUAGUAACCCCUGUAAGAACGGAGGGACGUGUCUGAACCUGCUGAACUCCUAUCACUGCCUGUGCCCGCUCAACUGGAGGGGCCCAAACUGUGACACAGAUGUGAACGAGUGUCAGACGUUGGCAGGUACUCUGAGCGGCUGUCAGAACGGAGCCACGUGCCUCAACACGCCUGGAGCUUUCUCAUGCACCUGUCUUCCUGAGUGGAGCGGAACUCUCUGCACCCAGCGCUAUGACGACUGCAGGAACGCGGGACAGGAUCUGUGUGUGCACGGGACAUGUAUCGAUGCAGACCGUGUCACGCCUGGACAGCCCCGGUACCAGUGCAUCUGUGAGCCCGGCUGGGACUCUCCAGCAGGGAACCCAGCCUGUGUGGCCGAUGUGGACGAGUGCAGCCUGCCCAACAAGCCCUGCUCCUCCAACCCCCCUGUGGAGUGCUUCAACACGCAGGGCUCCUUUUACUGCGGAACUUGUCCCGCUGGCUGGCAGGGGAACGGCUAUAGCUGUCAGGAUGUCAAUGAGUGCAACACUAACAACGGCGGCUGCUCCACCUCUCCUCUAGUGCAGUGCCUCAACACCAUGGGCUCCUUCCACUGUGGCUCCUGUCCUCCUGGCUACCAGGGAGAUGGUAGAACCUGCACCCAGAGUAAUAUCUGUGAGACCAACAAUGGAGGCUGUUACCCACUGGCCACGUGCUCCUCCACUGCAGGCUCCAGUCUGCCCAUUUGCACCUGUCCUCCUGGUUACACUGGGAAUGGCUAUGGACCCAACGGAUGCACCCAGACCAGCAACAUCUGCCAGACCAACAACCCCUGUGUCAACGGCCAGUGUGUGUCCUCCAGCUCGUCUCCAGGGUAUCAGUGCAUCUGCAGCCCAGGCUGGGCAGGACUGCACUGUGACCAGAACAUCAACGAGUGCUCCAGCUCCCCCUGUCAGAACGGAGGGACAUGUGUGGACCAGGUCAAUGGCUUCAGCUGCACCUGCCCCAGCCAGUGGACUGGACCCAUGUGCCAGACCCCACAGCAAGAGUGUGGUGGUGUCUUGACCGGCCCGGCUGGCUCCUUCAGUUAUCCCAACAACCCCGGACAUGAUGAGUACGAUCACAUGGUCAGCUGUGCCUGGGUCAUCCGCACGGAGUCCAACAAGGUCUUGCACAUCACUUUCCCAUACUUUGACUUGGAGAGCAGCUACAACUGUAAUGCAGACUUCCUUCAAAUCCACGACGGUGAGAGCGCGGGAGCGUAUAUGAUUGGACGAUACUGUGGACAGAAUAAUCCCAACGCCGUGUCCAGCUCCCACAAUGCACUGUACUUCUGGUUCAGAUCGGACCACUCUAUCAAGAAAGGGGGCUUCACUGUGGUGUGGCAGUCUCAGGACCCAGUUUGUGGAGGUGAACUGACCGCCCCCUACGGAAGCAUUAAUUCCCCUGGUUACCCCGGUAACUACCCCCCUUCCCGGGACUGUUUCUGGAGCGUCACCGUGGACCCUGGCCUGCUCAUUACCUUUGCCUUUGGGGUCCUGAGCCUGGAAACACACCCUGACUGCCACUAUGACUAUCUGGAGGUGCGUGAUGGCCUGCUGCCUGAAGACCCUCUCCUGGGCCGAUACUGCAGCACCUCGUCACCGCCCCCUGUGGUCACCACCGGACCCAACGCCUGGAUCCACUUCCACUCAGACAGUAUUGUGUCUGAUAGGGGCUUUCACAUCACCUACACCACCUCUCCAAGUGACCCGGGCUGUGGGGGCUCCUUCACUGACUCAGAGGGCAUCAUCAUUUCUCCAAACUGGCCCAACAACUACGCCCACAACCGUCAGUGCAUCUACCUCAUCCGCCUGCCUCAGGGAGAGAAGGUGGCCCUCAACUUCACCCACAUGAACCUGGAGAGCCACAGCAACUGUAAUUUCGACUAUGUGGAGGUGCGCGACGGGCUCCAAGAAACGGCCCCUCUGAUUGGUCGAUACUGUGGGGAUGUGGUCCCUGCUCCUCUGCAGUCCUCCUCUAACUCUAUGUGGAUCCGCUUUCGGUCUGACAGUUCUGUGACCCGCGCAGGCUUCAGGGCUGUCUACACUGUGGCAUGUGGGGGGGUGCUGUCGGGCACAGGCCAGAUCCGCUCCCCUCUCCACCCAGAUUCCUACCCGCACAACAAAGUGUGUGAGUGGGUCAUCAGCCAGCCCCCGGGAUAUGUGGUCACGCUCAACUUCCUGUUCUUCAGCGUAGAGGGCAGCUCCUGUCAAUAUGACUCUGUGCAGGUCCGUGACGGCUCCUCGUCCAGCUCCCCUCUCCUUGGGACGUUCUGUGGGACUGAUAUGCCACCCAGGCUCCAGUCCACCCAAAGGUCCCUGUUCGUGCGCUUUCAGACCGACUCCUCUGUUAGCAACCACGGCUUCCUGGCAGACUACGGCCGUGCUAUAGAAGGUUGUGGAGCCACCAUGACCAGCCCAACCGGAGUGAUCGUGAGCCCGGGUCACCCCAACACCUACCCCCAUGGAGCUAACUGCACCUGGUUCAUCAGUGUGUCCCCUGGGAGCCUGAUUCGCCUCUCCUUCGACUCCUUCAACCUGGAGUACCACACCAACUGCAAUUUGGAUUACGUGGAGCUCUAUGACAAUGGCACUGUGGAGACCGGCACCAAACUCGGACGGUACUGUGGUCGCUCCGUGCCCCCCUCUGUCACUAGCACGGACAACCUGCUCACCCUUCUCUUUGUGUCCGACACCAGCCUGUCCAGUGAGGGCUUCUCCGCUCGAUACGUGUCCAUCAACGCCACCACUGAUUGUAGUGAGUCCUUCACCUCAUCCACCGGCUCCUUCUUCUCCCCAAACUACCCCAGUUAUUACCCCAAUUCAAGGGACUGCUUCUUCACCAUCACUGUGCCGGUGAACCUGCAGAUCAUGUUGAACUUCACAGACUUUGAGCUAGAGGGCGCCCCACCGUCCUGUAUCUUUGACUUUGUGGAGAUCAGGGAUGGUGGAUAUGAAACCUCUCCUCUGAUUGGGAAGUGGUGUGGCACAAACAGGCCCCCAGUGCUGCUUUCCCAUAGCAACCGGCUGUGGGUCCGAUUCCACUCGGACGCCACGGUGACACGGAGAGGAUUCACAGCACACUGGGAUGGCACACAGAGCGGCUGUGGAGGCACUAUGUUCUCGGCCUCAGGGGGCUUCUCCUCUCCAAACUACCCUCUGCCCUACCACCCCAAUGCAGAGUGCUACUGGAGUCUGAGAACCAGCCCGGGCAGCCAGCUCCUGCUCAGCUUCUCCGACUUCCACCUGGAGAGCUCCAUCAACUGUGACUUUGAUUACCUCGCUGUGUAUGAUGGACACAGCAGCACUGCGCCUCAGCUGGCUCAUCUGUGUGGCAGUCAGAUCCCCAGCCCCAUCUCCUCCUCCAAGAACCAGCUAUAUGUUAAACUGAGGACAGACAGCAGUGUGAGCAUGGGCGGCUUCCUUGCCUCAUACUCCACCAACUGCAGUGGGAUGCGAAUAGAGAACCAGUACAGAGGGGUCCUGGAAUCCCUAAACUUCCCCAAUGAAUACCCUCUGAACACCUACUGCACCUGGACCAUCCUGGCCACCUCUGGGAACAACGUCAGCUACUCCUUCAUCGACUUCCAGCUUGAGGGCACGUCAGGGUACUCCUGCAGCCACGACUAUGUCAAGUUAUACAACGGGCCAAACUCCCAGGCCCCUCUGCUGGGUACAUUCUGUGGCGAUGCCCUUCCCGCUCCAGGCUUCACCACCACCUCUGCCCUCACUGUGGUCUUCAGGAGUGACAGCUCAGUGACACGCACUGGAUUUCAGAUGCUCUGGUCCCAGAUUGGUUGUGGUGGAGAGCUCCAUGGACCAGCUGGCUCCUUCCACAGCCCCGGUUACCCAGACAAGUACCAGGACAACCGCGAGUGUGUGUGGUACAUCACCACGGCAACUGGCAGCAGCAUCACCAUCACCAUCCAUGAGUUUGACGUAGAGUACCACGCAGACUGUAACUAUGACAAGCUGGAGGUGUAUGGAGGCCCAGACCUACAGGCUCCUCGGCUGGCCAGACUGUGCAGCACCACCUCCAGCCCCAUGCAGGUGUCCAGCACCGGCAACACCGUCACUGUGCUCUUCAAGUCCGACCAGUACGUCAGCGGAAGGGGCUUCAACGCCAGUUGGGUGGAGGUCCCUGGAGGCUGUGGGGGCCCUAUCACUGCUCCUGCUGGAGAGAUUCACUCCCCCUCGUAUCCUGGCUCUUACCCCAACAAUGUGGACUGCUCCUGGGUCAUCAGUGUGGACCCCAACCACCGCGUGCUCCUCAACUUCUCUGACUUGGACAUCGAGUUCCACAGCAGCUGCACCUGGGACUAUGUGGAGAUCCAUGAUGGCCCCACCCUCUCUUCCCCUCUACUGGCUCACAUCUGUGGUUCCACCCUCCCUUCCCCCAUCACCUCCACCUCCAACACCAUCUUUGUCCGGUUCAGGUCCGACUCCAGCAGAAACCACCGCGGCUUCAGGGCUUACUUCUCUGAGGCCUGUGGAGCCUCCAUCAUGACGGAUGAUGUGGGCGGGGCUAUAGCAUCACCACGUUACCCGGCACAGUAUGGUUCAAACCUCACCUGCAGCUGGAUCAUCAAAGCCAUGGAGCCCUUCAACCAUGUGACCCUGUCUUUCACCGACUUUGAGCUGGAGUUUCACCCAAACUGCUCCCACGAUGCAGUGCAGAUCAAGGAUGGAGACAACUACCAGGCUCCUAUUGUGGGUUCUUACUGUGGCAGAGAGGUCCCUCACCCGGUCACCUCCUUCAGUAAUGCCCUGGUGGUCUCCUUCAUCACUGACAGCUCUGUGUCAUACAAGGGCUUCAGAGCUGCAUACACGGCCUCCACCUCCAGCUGCGGAGGGGACAUGGUCAUGGAGACAGGAGCCUUCAACAGUCCCAACUACCCAGACCCCUACCCCCCCAAUGUGGAGUGUGUAUGGACCAUCAGGAGCUCUCCUGGCAACCAUCUCCAGCUCUCCUUCAUUGUGUUCAGCCUGCAGGGCGGCUCCGGCUGUGGCAGUGACUUUCUGGAGAUCCGAGAGGGGAACUCCACAGGGCUGCUAGUGGGCCGCUUCUGUGGCGACUCUCUGCCUUCAAACUACACCUCUGUGGUGGGACACGUGCUCUGGGUCAAGUUUGUGUCUGAUGGAGCAGUCAGUGGAGCCGGUUUCAGAGCCACCUUCUCACACUUGUAUGGUAAUGAUGUGACUGGGGAGGAGGGCCAGAUCGCAUCCCCACUCUACCCCAGGACCUAUCCCUACAACGCACACUACAAGUGGACCAUCACCGUGGAUGGGGACAGCCUGGUGGAGAUCCGCUUCUUGGACAUCGACAUUGAGGACCUGGCUGACUGCUUCUAUGACCACCUCAAAAUAUUCGACGGCCCCACGGAGCACUACUACCCUCUGGGUGUGUUCUGUGGCCUGCGCCUGCCUCCUCCUGUGCGCAGCUCCGGCAGCACCGUCACUCUGCUCUUCAUGUCCGACACGGUGGUGGGGGGACGGGGUUUCCUUAUUGAGUGGAGGGCCGUGCAGAACACUGGGCCCCCGCCCACCAUACCUCCAGGUGCGUGUGGAGGCAGCUUGACCACCGGGGACACUCCAGGCUUCCUGUUCUCCCCAGGCUGGCCUGCGCCCUACCCCCACAACGAAGAGUGCACCUGGAUCAUCCGCUCACCUGACUCCACUGUGGAAUUCAACCUGCUCUAUAUGGACAUUGAGGACUAUCCUAACUGCUAUUUUGACAGCCUGAUCUUCUAUGACGGUCCCACCACCCUGUCCCCCAUCCUGGCCACUGUGUGUGGGAGAGAGGUGCCCGGCUCUCUGCACUCCUCUGGAGACUCCAUGUAUAUCCACUUCUCCUCUGACAGCAGUGUGAGCGGCAGAGGCUUCAACGCAUCCUACUCCAGAGGUUGCGGGGGCCUUCUUCACUCAGACCGGGGCGUUCUCAGCAGCCCUCUAUACCCUCAGAACUAUCGGCCAAAUGCUGAUUGUAGUUGGCACGUCAUGGUCACCCCGGGCUACAAGGUGUCUGUGACCUUCCAGAGCCCCUUUCAGAUCCAGGGCUUUGGCACAGAGUGCAGCACAGGGGACUAUCUGGAGCUCCGUAAUGGUCAGGACACCUCAGCCCCUCUGCUGUCCCGCCUUUGUGGGACCUCUCCUCCUGCUCUGCUCCAGACCACAGACAACCACCUGCACCUGCGCUUCAAGUCUGACGGCUCCAACGAGGCCAGCGGAUUCAAGCUCAUAUUCGAAGCACACAGCCAGGCCUGUGGAGGUCACAUCCAGCUGCAUGAUGGAGACGUCCCAGGGUACAUCACAUCUCCUGGGUACCCUCAGAACUACCCCCAGAACAUCGACUGUGUGUGGGUCAUCACUGUGCCCAACGGAGAGGCCGUGCAGCUUGACUUUGAGGGCGAGUUCUACAUAGAGCACACCCCUAACUGUCUGUAUGAUUACCUGGAUGUGUUGGAUGGCGCAGACCUCAGUGCAGUGCAGCUGGCUCGUCUCUGUGGAAACACCCUGCCCUCCACUCAACGCUCGUCCGGCUCCUCCUUGACCCUGCGCUUCCGAACAGACACCAGCGUCACACACAAAGGCUUCAAGGCUCGAUACUCCAUAUCGACGUGUGGAGGUCGCUUCAUCGGGCAGACCGGGCUGAUCCACAGCCCAGGGUUCCCAGGGUCGCACUACCCUGACAGUUCCCUGUGUGAGUGGUACCUGGAGGGCCCCACUGGACACUACCUGACCCUCAGCUACCAGACCCUCAACUUGACCACCUCCAGCGGCUGCUCCGAGGACUACGUGGAGAUCAGAGAGUACAACGCAUCAGGACUGCAGCUGGGCAGGCACUGUGGCUCCUCUCUCCCUGCUUCUAUGGAUACCUCCGACAGCUUUGCCUAUGUAAAGUUUGUGAGUGAUGGGAGUGGGAAUGCCCCCGGCUUCAGCCUCAUGUUUGAGGCCAGUGUGGAAGUGUGUGGUGGAGAGUUGAAUGCCCCCUCUGGGACCAUCACAUCACCAAACUACCCCAACCUGUACCCCCACAGCCGGCUGUGCCACUGGGAGGUGGUGGCUAUGCCAGGACGCAGAGUCACCCUGACCAUCAAUGACCUGCGCCUGGAGGGCUCCGGGACGUCCUGUCUAUACGAUUAUGUGGAGGUGCUGAAUGGGCUGGCUGCAGAUGCCCCUCGCCUGCAGAGGUUCUGUGGGACGGUCCCGGCUGGUACUCAGGUCGAAUCCUCAGGAAACACCAUGACUGUGGUGUUCAGGACAGAUGCCUCUGUGUCCAAUGGAGGCUUCAGCGCCUCCUACUCCACAGACCAGCCCGCAGUGUGUGGGGGCGUCCUGGGCAGUGCAUCUGGGGGAAACUUCACCUCCCCUGGAUACCUGGUCUCUAAUUACAGCAGUAACCUCAACUGUGAGUGGCUCAUCCAGAACCACCACCAUAUCAAUUCUUCCAUCGUGGUACUCAUCCAGGACCUCCACCUGCAGAGUCACCAGACCUGUGCCAAUGACUACCUGCAGUUCAGACUGGGUGAUGCCAGUGGAGAGCAGUUGGCUAAGUUCUGUGGACAGACUAUUCCCCCUGUGCCCAUAGUAGUCUUCACCCCUCAGCUGUAUGUGCACUUCCAGACUGACUCCUCACAGGAAGACCUGGGCUUCAGGGCACAGUACUACUUCUCUGAGUGUGGAGGUUGGCAGAUGGGGGAGGAAGGUGCGAUUGCCAGCCCUGACUACCCUAAUGUGUAUCCGGGCCCCAGCCGCUGUGCCUGGCUCUUGGAGGCCCCUGCAGGAUACACCAUCACUCUCACCUUCACUUAUUUCCACCUGGAGCCCCACUCCACCUGCAGCUGGGACUCCCUCACCAUAUUCAAUGGGGGCUCGCCUGGCUCUCCUGUGAUUGGUCAGUACUGUGGGACCAACUCUCCAGGGACUGUCCAGUCAGGGUCCAACAAACUGGCCGUGGUCUUCCUGGCUGACCACAGCGUGUCUAAGGGUGGCUUUGUGGCCACAUGGUCAGCCGACUCCUCAGGCUGUGGAGGAGUGAUCCACGCUGACAGUGGGACUAUCAAGUCUCCAAACUAUCCCCAGAACUUCCCAGCUAACUCUGAGUGUCUGUGGCACAUCAUUGCUCAUGAGGGGAACCACUUAGAGAUGAGCUUCAACCCAGACUUCCAAAUCCCAGACACCUCUGGCACCUGCAGCUCCAGCUAUGUCAAGGUGUGGUCAGGCCGUGCUCAGACCUCAGACGCCCUCCUGUCCAGCUCCUGUGGCUCCAUGGCCCCUCAGCCUGUGGUGGCCCCUGGAAACCUUCUGACUGCACGCUUCCAGAGCACAGGGGCCACGGGCAAGGGCUUCUCUGCCUCCUUCAGCACCAGAUGUGGAGCAAACUUCACAGCAUCUAGGGGCAAUGUUGUGUCUCCAAACUACCCCUCCGACUACCCCCACAGAGCCAACUGUAACUACACCAUCAAUGCAGGGGAGCAGAGUGUGGUGGUGCUCACCUUCAGAGUGUUCCAGCUAGAAGCUCACUCAUCAUGUGGUUAUGAUGGUCUGAAAGUGUAUAAUCUGCGCUCCAGUGGCCCUCCCAUUGCCACAGUGUGCGGCUCCACCAUCCCGGGGCCCUUCUACACCCUGGGGCCAAUGCGCCUCAACUUCUACUCGGACUCGGUGGUCUCAGACACAGGCUUUAUGGCAGAGUACUCUGCUUUUGAGUGUGGAGGGUUCUUCAACAGUUCCUCAGGCACCAUCAGUAGUCCAGCCCACUCACUCACAGACUACCUCCACAACAUCAACUGCUCCUAUCAUAUCAUGGUCCAGGACAAUCGUGUCAUUGACCUCAAGUUUAACCGCUUUGACCUGGAGGCAUCGUCUUCCUGUCGCUAUGACUACGUGGCAGUGUACGAUGGGCAGGACACCGCCGCUCCUCUAAUGGGGACGUUCUGUGGCUCUGAGCUGCCUCCCAAACUGAGGUCCUCCUCCAACCACCUGUACCUGGUCUUCAGGACGGACAGCUCAGUCAGCGGGGAGGGCUGGAGGGCCUCCUACAGCCAGACUCUUGGGCCAGCUCAGGGCUGUGGAGGGUACCUGUCCAUGCCCAUGGGGAUGCUGGGCUCUCCAGACGUGGACUUAGACGGCCGUUAUGAGCCCGGUCUCGACUGCACCUGGAUUAUUGAGAUGCCCGUUAACAGAGCAAUCAACCUGAGCUUCAGCUCCUUUGACCUGGAGAGCUCCUCCACCUGUCGCUAUGACUACGUCAAGAUCUAUGAUGGGGAGAGCAGUCACUGGCCCCUGGUGGGCACUCUGUGUGGAAGCUCCCUUCCUUCCUUCUUUGUGUCCAGUGGAAACUUCCUGACCGUGGAGUUUAAGACAGACAACUCAGUGCAGAGGGCCGGCUUCAACGCCACCUACAAGUCUCUGCCAUUGGUGUGUGGAGGGAUUCUGAAUGCCACCACGGCUGUGCAGACCCUGAGCUCCCCCUCCUUCCCUCAGCCCUACCCCCCCUUCACCUCCUGUCGCUGGGUGCUGGACGCCCCCCCUCAGGAGACCAUCCGUGUGGCCGUGCAGAUCUUUGUGCUCCAGCCUAGUCAGAGCUGCUCCACAAACUACCUGCAGAUGAAAGACUGGCCUCUGGGAGAUUAUGGUCAGUCUCACAAAUUCUGCUCAGAGGACUCACACCCUCCUGACUUCUACAGCGUGGGCAGAACCAUCCAUGUCAACUUUAAAUCAGAUUCCUACAUGACGGGCAAUGGUCUCAGCCUCACCUAUCAGGUUGCAGGCUGCAACAGAACCUACGAGCAGGAGUACGGGUACCUGAAGAGUCCAGGCUGGCCCGACAUCUACCCACACAACCAGGACUGCACCAUCAUCCUACGAGCUCCAGCCAAUCACAUCAUCUCCUUCUUCUUCAACAGCUUCAACAUGGAGAACCAUCCACAGUGUUCCUUCGACUACCUGGAGGUGCGUAACGGCAGCUCGGCAGAUGCCCCUCUUCUGGGUAAGUUCUGUGGCAGCACCGUGCCCAGCCCCGUCUUCCCUCAGUCCAACCAGCUGUACCUGCGCUUCAAGUCCGACUACUCCCAGGCUCUGGACGGCUUCGAGGCCAGCUGGACCUCCUCCCCCCAGGGCUGCGGCGGCACUCUCUAUGGAGACCAUGGUUCUUUCGCCAGUCCCAACUUCCCAGGCACCUACCCCAACGGCACUCACUGUGAGUGGGCUGUGAACGCUCCCAGAGGCCGGGUGGUCACAGUCACCUUCUCCCAGAUCAGCAUAGAUGAUGAAGGGUCCUGUGAGAGGAACUAUCUAAAGCUUUACAACGGCCCAGGCAACUCCUCUCCUCUGGUGGGGGCCUACUGUGGAACGGAGACAAACAUCGCCCCGUACACGGCCUCCUCUCACCAAGUCUAUUUUGUGUUCGAGGCCCAGUCUGCGGUGCUGCCCUCAGGAUUCAGAAUCACGUGGAGCAGCUGAACUGUCACAUAAUGCACUUUCAAUAUGAUUCAUAGUUAUGUUUUAGUUUUUAACAAAAUCCAUAAUGUC